AUGGAUACAACCUCUUCAGCGCUGGCCCAGCUCUUGCACCUCCUUGCGCAGCGCCCGGACGUGCAGGAGAAGCUGCGUCUCGAACUAGAUGCGGCGUACGAGAACGGUGAGCUUGCGCACGGUGAGGUUGUUGGACUACCGUAUCUUGAUGCCAAUCUGCAGAGCGACGCUACGGCUGUACCCUCCAGUGCCUUUCGUGGGUCGCAUGUCCGAGGCUCCCAACAAUCUUCUACCGGGGCCCGCCAGAACCCAAGAGGAUCCAAUGCUUCCAUUGUCAACACCGAUUGUCGGACGGGAUGGGACGAAGAUACGCAAAGUGUUCGGCCCGCAGGGAACGCGUUUCUUUGUCAGGAUAAUGGUAGCGAACCGUGGCAGAACCUCUGGGGCGACGAUCCGGAGGAUUAG